AGGCAGUCAGAAAGUGAAACCGGAAAAGGAAGUGAGGGGGAAUUUAUUAUUGUCCCCGAACAGUCUAGUAGUCGAUUUGUUCUCCUGCAGUUUUAUUAAUUGCUGUUAAAUGUUACCUUUUUGCGUUGAAUGUCCUAAAACUACUUUUUCUUAGAAUGAGAACAUAAAUUCAAUCAGUAUUUUUUUUAAUUUAUAAUCAUCCUUUAACGGCCACCGUUCGGAUCUCCUCUAGACAGUCAUUGAUGGGCAGAUAGAGUAAAAAUUUGAGAAAUGUUUGAUUGUUUUCUGUAACUGGAAAUGACAUGCUACAAAUAUAUGUCAUAAAGCUUAUAGAAUUACUAACAUUUCCUAGGUGAAACUUGAGCAGUUUUCCCCCAUAAUUCAAGCAUGGCAACUUCCAGUGAUGUAAGAGAGGGCUUCUUAUGCCCAAUGUGUAUGAAGGAUCUCGGAACAGUAUCCAUGUUACAAGAUCAUUUUGAGGAAGAACAUUCAAAUGAAGACAAAGAUGUGCUACAGCAUUUGAGAGGAUUAUUUGGUAAAGCUAAGAAGAAGAUAUUAGGAGAGAAAGAGAACCAUGAUUAUGUAGAUCAAUCUGAUUCUGUUACUGACAGCUAUUCUGCUAACUUGACUAAAACUGGUUAUGAUUCUUCACUAUGGGAUCCUCAGGAAAUAGGUGUGAUUAGAAGUCAUACUGAUGUAUUCAAAGCUACAAGGGGAGCUAGAGUAGACAGAUUUGUAGUUGAGACGAACAAACUAAUUAUUCGACUGGAUAAAUUAACAGGAAGUAAUUCACCUACUGACACAGGGAAAAGGAAAGCUUUUGAGAAGUCUGUUGUUCCUUGGAUGCCAGAUAAAUACGUACAGACAUGUCCAGAUUGUACCCGUAACUUUUCUCUUACCAGACGAAGACACCAUUGUCGAUUGUGUGGUGGAAUAAUGUGUGAUAAGUGUUCACAUUUCCUUCCUCAUACAUUUGCAAAGAAGCUGACAAACCCAGCUUUUCAGACAGAAAUGGAGGUUGGUUUUCUAAAGAGAACAGGUAGCAACAGUAGCCUUAAUUCAUUGAUGAGUCCUGAGGGAGAGGCUCAUAUACGUACAUGCAAUAACUGUCGUAAAUUAUUGGAGCGGAGAGAUCAACAAAUUCAACAACGUAAUGUUAAACCACCAAUAGUUAUUAUGUAUGAGAAAUUGCAGUCUUAUGUUGAAAAUGCACAGAUGUUAUUGAAAGAGUUUAUACCAAUGGUAGAAUCACUGAGUUGUGGUGAGUCAACCUAUAACAUGUAUACAGCACAACAGUACAGAAAUAAAAUCCUAAAGAUGUAUGAAAGUAUUGACAGUGUUAGUAAAAGAAUAUGGAUGCAUGAGACAAAUGCUGACCCCCCUCCACCAGCAACACAACUAAAAAUGCAGAAAAAUAUCCGAACCAUGGCAACAAGUUUUAUGCAAGAUAAUAUGAUUGGUCUGCAGGCUUUACCAUCCGAGGAACAUUAUAAAAAAUUACAAGAAGCUAGAAAAAUUGAAAUUCAACAACGGAUUGCCGAUGAAAGACAGGCUUCUGCCGAGGCACAGGAAAAGGAGAGAAAACAACAGGAACAAAGGGAGAUAACUACAAAACAUCAAAUUCAUCCCUCUAAUAGGGACUCGGAUCAACCAGCUAAAGUGCAAUCCCAGAAGAAAUCUGGCUGGAUACCAGAAGAAACCAGUAUACGUUACAGUGACAAAGACGAUCCUAUGGUUCAACAGAUGAAUAUAAUCAGGGGCUAUAUCAAACAAGCUAGACAAGCAGAAAAGUUUGAUGAAGUUAAAAUGUUAGAACAAAAUUUAAAAGAUUUACAACAAGAAUAUCUUAGGCAACAAAGACAGAAUUGGUCAUAAUAGUUCUAAAUUUAAUUAAGUAUGUUAUUGUAAUUUUGUUAUCUAUUUAUUUUGAAUUAGCUUAGAUACCAGUCUUCUUUCAUAACAAAAGGUUCACACUGUGUGUUUCUUCAAAAUCAGUCUUAUAUAAAUCUCCUGUUUGGUUUUAUUUCAAACACAUCACCAAGUUUAUUUUCCCACUCAUGAACAGUUUUAUUCAAUUUUUUGAGACAAAAAAAUAUCAGUUUGUAUUGAGUAUCAACCAGUAACAAAUAUAUAUUUAUAUAUCUACAAGGUGAAAUUUUGACAAUUUUGUGGAAGUUUUUUGUUUAGCCUGCGACUUUUGUCGCAGAAAGCUCGACAUAGGGAUAGUGAUCCGGCGGCAGCGGCGUUAGCUAACUUCUUAAAAGCUUUAUAUUUUAGAAGGUGGAAGAUCUGGAUGCUUCAUACUUUGUAUAUGGAUGCCUCAUGUUACGAAGUUUCUGUCAGUCACAUGUCCAAUGUCCUUGACCUCAUUUUCAUCGUUCAGUGACUACUUGAAAAAAAAGUUAAGAUUUUUUGUAAUGUUAAAUUCUCUCUUAUUAUAAGUAAUAGGAUAACUACAUUUGGUAUGUGCGUACCUUGCAAGGUCCUCAUGCCCGUCAGACAGUUUUCACUUGACCUCGACCUCAUUUCAUGGAUCAGUGAACAAGGUUAAGUUUUGGUGGUCAAGUCCAUAUCUCAGAUACUAUAAGCAAUAGGUCUAGUAUAUUCGGUGUAUGGAAGGACUGUAAGGUGUACAUGUCCAACUGGCAGGUGUCAUCUGACCUUGACCUCAUUUUCAUGGUUCAGUGGUUAUAGUUAAGUUUUUGUGUUUUGGUCUGUUUUUCUUAUACUGUAUGCAAUAGGUCUACUAUAUUUGGUGUAUGGAAUGAUUGUAAGGUGUACAUGUCUAGCUGGCAGGUGUCAUCUGACCUUGACCUCAUUUUCAUGGUUCAGUGAUCAAAGUUAAGUUUUUGAGUUAUGGUCUUUUUUUCUAAUACUAUAUGCAAUAGUUCAACUAUAUUUGGUGUAUGGAAAUAUUUUAUGAUCUAUAUGUCAGUCACGCAGGUUUUAUUUGACCUUGACCUCAUUUUCAAGGUUCAUUGCUCAGUGUUAAGUUUUUGUGUUUUGGUCUGUUUUUCUUAAACUAUAAGCAAUAGGUCAACUAUAUUUGUUGUAUGGAAGAAUUGUUAGCUGUACAUGCCUGCCUAGCAUGGUUCAUCUGACCUUGACCUCAUUUUCAUGGUUCAUUGGUCAAUGUUUAGUUUACUUGGUUAAUGUUAAGUUUAUGUGACAGUUGUAAUAAAGCUUUAUAUUUAGGACUAUCAACAUAAUAUCAAUGAUAAGAAUAGAAGGCGAGACAUUUCAGCGUGUGCACUCUUGUUAUAAAUGGUUUUGGCUGUUGUUUUCAAGAUUCUCAAAGGUUGUAACUGUAUUUAUCUGUCAUUUUGUUUUCCCAAUUCAUGGACUCAACAUAACAAUUUAAUUAUUUUAACUUGAUAUUCCUGACGACUGAAAUAAAAUUCCCUCUUGAAGUAGAUGAAAACAAAGGGAUAACACAUAUUGAAUUGAUAUUGACUGGUUGUUAGAUAAAUACAAUAUCAAUGAUAAUUCAUAUGCUUACAACAUCUUUUUAAUCCUCAGACAAAUAAUCAACACUAUGUAUAACCAACAUGUCAGUUAAACACAACUGAUUAAUUUAACUUCUAUAAAACUGUUAAGUAUAUUUUUGAAUUGUGUAAUUUAUUCUAUAAUGUGCAAUGCUUUAUCUUGCAGGGAAUUUCAUUAUUUGAUAAAUUUUAAUUUUUUAAUAGUUUUUUUUUUAAAUAUGUAGAUUUCAUAAAUAAUUGAUUAUACAUAUAUAUAUAUAUAAUUCUAGUCUAAAUUUAUAAAUGUAUUAUUUACAAUAUUGUAUGCAUCUCAAUCAUGGAUUAACAAAUUAGUAUUUUCUCUUGUUGUACAUGUACUUACUAGUGAUAAUGGGGCCCUUUAUAGCUUGCUGUUCGGUGUGAGCCAAUGCUCCGUGUUGAAGGCCGUACCUUGACCUAUAAUGGUUUACUUUUAUAAAUUGUAACUUGGAUGGAGAG